UAGUGCAGUAUGUGCUCGAGUCUUGUCAUCGCCUAGAUCCGAAGGCUAAGCGCAUAUAUUUUUAGUUCCCUGUUACUUUUCUCUCAGUGUAGUCGCUUAGUCGGUUGGUAAUUAACUCUGUGUUUGGUGUUUUUAUUUUAGUAAUUUAAUUAUACCUCGAAACAGCAAAAAUGAACGUCGCUGCAGUUGGACCGAAACCUGCCAGCCUGAUCUGCCCAUCGUGCAGAGCCAGCGUGGUCACCAGAGUGGAUCACAAGUCUACGACAAAGACACACAUCAUAGCAUUGAUUCUGUGCUUAUUCCUAUGCUGGCCAUGUGUUUGCAUUCCUUACUGCAUGGAUUCUUGCCAAAACGCCGAUCACUACUGUCCUAGUUGUAACGCCUACCUCGGAACGUACCAGGGAUAGCAAGUUGUCUUAUAUACAAAAUAUUUUACAUCAAUACACAUUUUUAUAUAUUUUUUUAUUCUUUACAAGUUAGCUCUUGACUACAAUCUCACCUGAUGGUAAGUGAUGAUGCAAUCUAAGAUGGAAGCGGGCUAACUUCUUGUAAAUCCACCGCGCAUACCACUGCGCGACGGAGGCCGUCAAAAUCUAAAUAUAAAUGAAUUUAGAUCUAUUGUUAUCACCACAAUGUUAAUGGUAUGGUUUUACAAUAUUUCCUGUGUCUUAUCAUAUGUUAAUAAUAUAAUAAGUGAAUAUGUAUUACAUUUAACCAAAACUUAAAAAAUUUGAGCAUAAAGAACCACGGUGAUAACCAGGGUCCAUUUAAAUAAACCGAAUUUAAUUAUAUUAGAAGAGUAUAACCAGCCACUUUGCUUAGCGUUUGUGGACUAUGAGAAAGCCUUCGAUUCGGUGGAAACUUGGGCUGUGCUAAGGUCUUUGCAGAGAUGCCGGAUCGACUACAGGUACAUCCAAGUGUUGAAGUGUUUGUAUGAAAGCGCCACUAUGUCAGUCCGUAUACAGGAUCAGACUACGAGACCAAUCCAAUUGCAGCGAGCAGUGCGACAGGGAGAUGUGAUCUCCCCGAAGCUAUUUACCGCCGCUUUGGAAGACGUCUUUAAGCUUCUGGACUGGAACGGAUUUGGCAUCAACAUCAAUGGUGAGUACAUCACUCAACUACGGUUUGCCGACGAUGUGGUCAUUAUGGCAGAGACUCUGGAUGACCUUAGUACCAUGCUCAACGACCUCAGCAGAGUUUCUCAACGUGUGGGCCUAAAAAUGAACAUGAGCAAGACGAAGAUCAUGUCUAAUGCUCAUGUAACGCUCCACCCAGUUAUUGUUGAGGACUCUGCGCUCGAAAUUGUAGACGAGUAUAUAUACCUAGGACACACAGUCCAGUUAGGAAGGUCCAAUUUCGAGAAAGAGGUAAAUCGCCGAAUCCAGCUCGGCUGGGCCGCGUUCGGGAAACUCCGCGACAUCUUUUCGUCCGAAAUUCCUCAGUGCCUGAAGACGAAAGUCUUCGAACAGUGCGUGUUGCCAGUGAUGACAUACGGAUCCGAAACUUGGUCGCUAACUAUGGGCCUCAUUAGAAGGCUCAAAAUCACUCAGCGGGCGAUGGAGCGAUCUAUGCUUGGAGUUUCUCUGCGGGAUCGAAUCAGAAAUGAGGAGAUCCGCAGACGAACCAAAGUCACCGACAUAGCUCAGCGAGUCGCGAAGCUGAAGUGGCAAUGGGCAGGCCACAUAGUUCGAAGAGCCGAUGGACGUUGGGGUCCCAAGGUGUUGGAAUGGCGACCCCGCACCGGAAAGCGCAGUGUUGGUCGACCCCCCACUAGGUGGACAGAGGACAUCAAGCGGAUUGCAGGAAACCGCUGGAUGCUGGCGGCUCGAGAUCGUUAUGCUUGGAGGUCCAUGCAAGAGGCCUAUGUCCAGCAGUGGACGUCCAUCGGCUGAAAUGAUGAUGAUGAUGAUGAUGUGCAAACUACAACAUUCAAUAGCUAAAAAGAAACAGAGUACAUAUUAUAGGCCAAAGUAAAUAUUGAAAGUAUAUUUACUUAUUACUUAGAAAAGAACUGAUAACUCAGUUUACAAUAACAAAAUCUAAUAAGAUAAUUUUUAAAAAUGUGUCUAUUGACCUCUUCUGUAAUUUUAAUUUUUAUAGGUACACACAUUUUGUAAUAGACCAAAAUUGGUGAAUUUAGUGCAUUGCAAAUAACUAAAAAAUAAGAAGAAGUACUCCAUUCGUAUUCAUAUUAGAAUCUCGGAUCAGUGCACAAAAGCAAUUAAAAAAACCUGUCUUAUUACUAAAUAAUUAUAAUUGAACAAAAAUUGCUUAUAGCAAAAAAUAUAUUGCUUGUAAUUUCUUAAUUUCACUUUUAAAUUUUACGUAUAUCAUUAUCCAAGUCUACCAAUAGAUUUUAUAUAUAGAUAUAUAUUUAACUACUUAUCUGUAUUACCAUGUUGAAUAUUAUUUGUCGUUGCGUUCUUUCGUUAUCUCUGGAUUUCAGAUCAGAUUUGCAGUUAUAAGAGUUUAAUAUUGUUGAUAAAUAUUAUCCUUUUAUAGUUAAUUUUAAAAUUGUUAAACUGUAAAGAUUAUUUAAUAAUAUUAAAUAUUAAUUAUUUUUUACUUAUUUAUGUAUUAUAAAUGUAAAGUGUAAUUACACAAUUUAAAAUUUUGGUAUGAUUAUUAUUAUUCAAUUUAAGAAUUUGGUUAUUCCUAUAGGCCCAAUAUUUACGAAUUGCAUUUGAAUUAUUAUCAAAAUUCAGUCCUAAAUAUACCAAUUAAUACAAAAUUCGUAUGAAAAAUAGGGCCCUACGUUCAAAAAUUGCAUUUCGUUUGUCGUUCAUUUUUAUUGUAAUUAUUCUUAGAUUAUUUAAAUACAGGGUGAUUCGGUCUUUAGUGCGGAUAUUUUUUUUCGUGGUUCUGUAUCAUUAAUAGAAUAUAAAUCUACAAACAGUUCGAUACAUAUUAUGUAAUUUUUUUUUUUAAUUUAUGUCUCUAAAAUAACAAAAUAAUGUACAUAUUAUUACUAAACAAGAUAUAUUCAGCUUAAAAGUGAUCUGGUGACGUCCUUUAGGUAUCAAACGAAAAUAAAAUAAACGCACAAUAGGGUGACCCUAAAAUUCUGUUCAAAAGUAAAUAACUUUAGCUAACGAUAAUUUUGUUAUUUUUGAGUUAAAAAAAAAAAGAAAAAAUACGUGAUCAUUAAAUUUUGUUUAUGUACAAAAUAUAAAAAUAUCCGCACUAAAAAAAUUUUCUUCCUGUAUAAUCUAAGUUAUUAUUACGAAUGUUAUUUAAAAUUAAUAAUUGUUGUUUAUUUUCAUAAAAAAGUACUUUCCAACUUUACGCGCGUUAUAAAGUGUGAAGCUAUGAGUAAAUUUGCUUAUAGAUAUUUAUCAACUAAUACGAAUAUGUGAUGAUUGCAAAUCUACCUGUUGCGAAAGAUAAAUAAAUCAGUUUUUAGUUUCUAAUCAAAUAUAAAUGGUCCUACCUGUACUUUAUUAUUACCAAUAUUAUACAUUCGUGAUUUGUCUAAAUAGUUUGGAAGUAAGAUGAGUCAACAAAGUUUUUGUGUCUGAUUCUUAUUAUUGGAAUUACUCAUAUUUACCCACUUUGUGGCUCUCGUAAUAAUGUCUUUCCCCUGAAUAAUAUAUAUAGUAAUAAUAUAGUACGAGCAUAAUAUAGUCAUAUUUUUGUUACAAUAUUAUAAGAAGCCUUAUGAAGAUGGAAAGAUUUGCAAUCAUUUACAUUUGUCGUUAUUAUCUAUAUUUCUAUUUCGAUUUGUAAUCGUGUGAAUUUCCAGUAAUUCAAUGCUAUACUGCAUUUACUUAAGAUAAACGUUAUUUAGGUUAGUGUGCUAGUAUUUUGUUAAGCAUUUAAUAUAAAAUAAAUCGCUAUUUCAGUCA